GUCAGACGUUGAUUUCUUGAUUCUCUCUCUACUGCGAAAUCCUAGAAAACCGAGUGUUUGCAGCGUUGCAACGAUCGUUUCUGUGAUAAGUGAUAUUGAAGUGAAGAGGACCGAAACGAUGGCGAUGGAACCGAAAGUUAACAUUGAGACGAUCCUCGAGUUGGAUCCCUAUCUCAAAUUGCACGAGAAGGAAAUCCGUCGCAGAAACACCGAAUUUCGGGGAUGGAUCAAGCGCUUGAACGAGCUGGAAGGUGGGCUGAAUGAAUUUACACAGGGCUACAAGUACUACGGAUUGCACAUCGCCCAGGACAACAGCAUAAUCGCACGUGAAUGGGCCCCGGGCGCCAAGGAGGUCUAUCUCACGGGAGAUUUUAAUAACUGGCAAUGGUUAGCGACACCGUACACGAAGCUGCCUUUCGGCAAGUGGGAGCUGAAAAUUCCCCCGAACUCGGACGGCUCCUGUGCUAUCAGGCAUCUGUCGGAGAUUAAGGUGAUCAUACGCAAGCAAGAUGGAGCGCUCGUGGACCGGCUGUCCCCGUGGGCCACCUAUGUGGUGUCUCCACCGAAGGAAUUGGGGGUCAACUAUCAGCAGCGCGUUUGGCACCCGCCGCCACAUGAAAAGUACAUGUUCCGUCAUCGGAAACCCAAUCGGCCGCGUGCCCUGCGCAUCUACGAGUGCCACGUGGGCAUUGCCACCGAGGAGUACGGAGUCGGAACGUACCGCAAUUUUGCCGACAACGUUGUACCGCGCAUCGCGAAGCUCGGCUACAACACGAUCCAAGUAAUGGCGAUCAUGGAGCAUGCGUACUACGCCAGCUUUGGAUAUCAGAUUACGAGCUUCUUCGCUGCGUCGAGCCGUUGCGGGACGCCCGAUGAACUGAAGUACAUGGUGGACAAGGCCCACGAACACGGACUGUUUGUGUUGCUCGACGUGGUCCAUUCACACGCCAGCAAGAACACGCAGGAUGGACUGAAUCAGUUCGAUGGCACGAACGCUUGCUACUUCCAUGACGGUGCUCGCGGAGAGCACACCCUCUGGGAUAGCCGAUUGUUCAACUAUUCCGAGUACGAAGUGUUGCGCUUUCUGCUCUCGAAUCUUCGCUGGUGGCACGAUGAGUACAACUUCGAUGGGUACCGUUUCGACGGUGUGACUUCGAUGCUGUACCAUUCGCGCGGUAUCGGAGAAGGUUUCUCCGGCGACUACAACGAGUACUUCGGGCUGAAUGUGGACACGGAAGCCUUAAUAUAUCUGGCCAUUGCGAACUAUUACCUGCACGAGCUGGAUCCGAACGUCAUCACGAUAGCCGAGGACGUCAGCGGCAUGCCGACGCUUUGCCGCCCGACCGAAGAGGGUGGUAUCGGCUUCGACUACCGGCUCGGGAUGGCCAUUCCGGACAAGUGGAUUCAGCUGCUGAAGACGAAGAGCGACGAAGAUUGGAACAUCGGCAACCUCGUGCACACGCUGACUAACCGGCGCUGGAAGGAGAGCACCGUUGCGUACGCCGAAUCGCACGAUCAAGCGCUGGUUGGGGACAAAACGAUCGCUUUUUGGCUGAUGGACAAGGAGAUGUACACGCACAUGUCCGUGGUGUCGGAUUCGAACCUCAUCAUUGAUCGGGGGCUCGCGCUGCACAAAAUGAUCCGUCUCAUCACGCACGCACUCGGUGGUGAGGCUUAUCUGAACUUUAUGGGCAACGAGUUCGGUCACCCGGAGUGGCUCGAUUUUCCGCGUAUCGGUAACAACGAGUCGUUCCACUACGCGCGCCGCCAGUGGCACCUGGUCGAUGAUCAGAUACUAAAGUAUCGCUUCCUUAAUGAGUUCGAUCGCACGAUGCAUCACACCGAGGAGCGAUACCAUUGGCUCGACUGUCUUCCGGCGUAUGUGAGCUGGAAGCACGAAGACGACAAGGUGAUCGCAUUCGAGCGCAACAAUCUACUGUUUGUGUUCAACUUUCACAGCAACAAAAGCUUCACCGACUAUCGACUAGGAGUUGAGUUGGCAGGAAAGUAUCGGGUCGUGCUCAGCUCAGAUGAUGGUGAGUUUGGAGGCUUCAAUCGAAUCGAUAAGAACGUCGAGCACACCACAUUCCCGGAGGGUUGGGCAGGAAGGCGGAACUAUCUGCAACUGUAUCUGCCCUGUCGUACUGCCUGCAUUCUAGCACCACAGUAAGAUCGUACUGUGCAAUCGAGGAACAAAUUUGUUCCAGUUACUUCAUUGUUGAACUUUCUUUUCAUAGUUUAUAGGAAUAGCUGCCAUAUCGAAACAUACUAGUGGUUAGCUUACGUUUAUCGGGGGAAAAUUUGCAAUAAAAUGGUUAGAAAUCUCACCGAUUGUUUCCUUUAU